AUGAUCCCUAUGUAUUUGGUGGACAGUCCAUUUGUAGGAUUGGCAAUUGUUGUGUGGGUUAUUUGAAGCAAAAUACCGGUGUGGCAGGAAACACGAGGCGAUCCACAUACUCACUGCGAAAAGACGUGUUUCCGUGACACGAAGUUCGGGGGAAUUAUCUCGGUUAUUUUCAUUUGUUAGUUGCGAAGACUACAACGCAAUUUCAAGAUCACGCAGGUCUUUUCACCGGUUAACAGUAAUUGUUAAGCCAGGAAAGUACAUUGUAUAUAUUAGGCGAAGUGGACUUCGAACUACUUUAAGCAAAAUUCUCUUCCAGCUCAAUUCUGUUGCUUCCUUGGUUUUUACAAUUGAAGGAGAUUAUAUCGUGUGAAAAUGGUGGAUGUCGAUCCCGAUACACUCUUAGAAUGGCUGAGUAUGGGUCAAGGAGACGAAAGAGAUAUGCAACUUAUCGCUUUGGAACAGUUAUGUAUGUUACUGCUUAUGUCAGACAAUAUAGACCGGUGUUUUGAAAGGUAAGAAAAAUUCGCUAAUCUCUUUCUUCACUUUUCCACUCUAUACAAUGUUUCUAUUUAGUUAUUAGCUUAUUCAAUGUCAACAUACCCUUAAUUUGCUGGUAACGUCACUUUAAAAUGGAGAAAAUUAUUGUGGUAAAUUUAAUGUUAAAAUUCCUUGGACCAGUAUACAUGUAGGUGCAGUUAUGCCUACAUCGAUAUCAUCUUUGACAUGUUUAAUGCUCUGGUUCCUCGAAAAAUUUUGAAUGAAUUAACUGCGUGUCAAAGCAAUCUCCAACUGCAAAUGCAUAAUACAAAUUUCUUUCAAAAGGCGAGAUUUCAUUAAAAGCAUUAGGCAUAAAAUAUUUCUUGGGAAUUCAUAAAUAAAUGCACAGUCUCAAGCUAUAUUUGGUCUCAUUUUGAUGAUCUAAAGCCUCGACGUCUGACGUUAUACUUUGCCUUAAAUGGAUAUCUUCUCCUACCUUUAUGCAUUGUAAUCAAUAAAAGAUUAUUAUUUCCCUUUUUGAAAAUUUCUGUAGUUGUACUGCAUGUAAUUUUGAACCGAAGCUUACAUGUUAUGUUGACGUUUUUUAGUAUUAACCAAAUAGGUGCAUAAUAACCCCACUUGAUUUGUAUAUAUUUAUGAAUUUAGGUUUGUGGUGUCAGUUCCCUGCCCACUAAUUGCAACUACCCAGUAACGUGAAAUCUAAGUGAUUGCCCUGAAAGGGUAAUAUAUGGAACAUUACCUUAGAACAAAUGAACUGGAUUGAAAACUCGUACUUGUACUCUCCCUAAUUCCUAGAGUACCUCUACAGACUGUACAGGAGUCUAUGGGUACAAUAAAAAAAUUUAUUUUUUUGUACGUACUGGUAAGGUGAUGUUUUUCAUGUCUGUCGUUAAGUUCUUUGCUGGUCAGUAAGAUUGUAUUCUACCUGGGAUCAUUUUGAACAUUCUAGAGCUAUAAUACAGUGUUUUUCCUCUUAAGUGUAUCCUAUAUUGUGAGUAUUCAAGUGAUACCUUCUAUUGUAUUCAGCAGUUUAUUAAUAUUUAUUUUUGUAGCUUGUUGUAAAAUAAAAUUUGGGAUAUUUGUUCAUUAUACUGUAGUUGUCCACCUCGGACGUUCCUGCCAGCCUUAUGCCGUAUCUUCUUGGACGAGUGUGCUCCCGAAAAUGUGCUUGAAGUAACAGCAAGGGCUAUUACUUAUUACCUUGAUGUAUCAGCAGAGUGUACGAGAAGGAUUGUUGCUGUGGAGGGAGCUAUCAAGGCCCUUUGUAAUAGGCUAGUUGUUGUGGAUUUAUCAUCAAGGACAAGUAAAGACUUAGGUGAACAGUGUGUUAAGGUUAGUGGGCAAAAAUCUAGCUAGACACUUUGCUUCUUUCUUUUGCUGUUGACAGGUUGAAUAGCUUUAGAGGACCUUCACAUGUACUAGGUGGUUACAAUAUACUGUAGAACAAUGUAAAUCUUUACAAAAUGUAGAACCACACCUAACACUUUGACUGGAACAAAACAUUUUAGGUUCUAGAACUGAUCUGUACUCGUGAGGCUGGGGCUGUGUUUGAAGCUGGUGGUCUGCAGUGCUCAUUAACCUUCAUCCGUGAGUUUGGUAGUUCUGUACACAAGGAUACCCUUCAUUCGGCAAUGAAUGUUGUGUCAAGAUUGUGUGGAAGAAUGGAACCACAGGAUACCAACUUGGAGACUUGUGUCAAAUCACUUUCUACCUUACUAAAACAUGAAGAUCUGUAUGUGAGUGUUUAGCUUUAACAAUCAUUACGGAGAAAUUAUCUCUUAGUAUGAAAGUUUCAAUUUUGUUAUAUUUUUUUUCCAUCUUUUAGUUAAUUCUAUUGAAACUAUAUAGUUUUUUGGGUAACGUAUGUAGGCAAGGGUAGUGUUUAAGAUUGACGUGUAAGGGGUAACAUUAACACAAGAAGAACACCAAUAAGAGCCAAUACAUGUAGGUAAAAGGGAAGUUUCUCAUUUGAAGGCAAAAUAAGUUCUCAGGUUAACCAAGUUCUUAACCUACAUGUAGUUUGAUUGUCGGAAUGUCUUCUAUUACCUAGCUGUAAUUAUCUAUGGGGUACAAAGAAAUUCCGGUUGAAUCUGCGAACAGAUUUCACCUGCAACAUCUCAUAAAAACAGUUGUAAAAGUCUUCCCUGAAGGCUAACAGUGUGCUGUAUUAUAAUUCUGUUUCUUGCAGGUAUCUGAUGGUGCUCUACGGUGUUUUGCUUCUCUUGCUGAUCGUUUUACUCGCCGUGGUGUUGAUCCUGCUCCCUUAGCUGAACAUGGGCUCAGUAGGGAGUUAUUAGAGAGGUUAGCAAGUGCUGCAGCAUCUGCAGGAGAGAAAACUGGUAGCAGUGGGGCAACACCUGACUCCAAAAGCAACAGUACAUCAGUGUCUACUAUUGUUAGUCUGUUGUCAACUCUGUGCCGUGGAUCACCAAGUGUUACCCACGUAUGUUUUGUCCAGAUGAAUUGUUUUUAUUUUUUGCCAUAUUUUUGGACAUGGAUUAUUAAGUGGGAAACCAUGGACGCUACUGGAAAAACUUGAACAACCAUUAACUUAAAAAACUUUUGCUGUCCCAGUACAAGAUUUGGUGGGGUUUAAUUUAAAGAGACUUGUAUAUUUUUCUUAGGCAUUCUACUGCUCAAUGAAUCAACCUUUUACUUACAUGUACAGUGUUCAUUUACAUUUAAGUGGCACAGCAGACACAGCAUGAAUUUAUUUAGAAAAACUGCAGGCUGUCAGGUUAAUUAUCACAGGAAAGUACCACUCACUACUCAUACUUUAUUGUAUAACCCACAGAGACUAACAUUACUCUACACAGAAACACAUUUAUCAGUAGUACUCAGUCCUCCACCAACACAUCUUAUAUUAAUAGUAAUAGCAAAUAAGUAAGACCUCACUGAACCCUAACCUAUAUUGUAAGGUAUAUUAAAAGUUUCAAAAUAGUUUAUCGUGUAAAUCUGUGCUAUUCUGUUACAGGACUUGUUAAGAGCCGGAUUACCUGAGGCAAUUGAAAAAGCUCUUCAAGGAGAUGAGAGAUGUGUUUUAGAUACCAUGAGACUAGUUGAUUUACUCCUGGUGCUUCUGUUUGAGGGACGACAAGCUUUGCCAAAGUCAUGUGUCAGCAUUUCUAAGGGAGGAAUUGCUGGUCUUCGGAGAUUUGACAGUUCAAAUGAGAGAUCCCACAGACAGCUUAUUGACUGUAUUAGAAGCAAGGAUACUGAUGCUGUUAUAGAUGCAAUUGAAAAUGGUGAGAUGCACUUUUCAUUACAUACUCAGUAGAGUACAGGGUACAGUACUGCUAAAUAACUGUGGUAGUUUCUUGGUGUUGUGGAAAAUUUGCAAUAACCAAUAAUAUUGAUGUAAUACAAGAAAUUUAAAGGGCACUGAAUGAUACCCAGACCACAGCACAAAAGGUGACCAACAAUGGUUUCAGCAAUACUAAGAAACAUCCAAAAUUCUUAUUGACCACCCUCUCAUAAGACACAUUUCUUAUUACAUACUGCACUUGCUUUAAUCCCUGCUUCAUAUGAAUUUCAUUGUAAACUACUAUUUUAACGUGCAUAAAAUUUCAGAUUUUGUUAUGAACACCUUAGUGUAAUUCCCUUUGUGCCCAAUUUUUUUUCCGAAGACUUAAAGAUUUACUGUACACUCUUCAGUCAAGUUAAAGAUUCAUUUAUGUCAAAAUUCCUAGAAGUGUAUUUCUUUAAAUGCUAUAAAUAUUUUAGGUGGAUUUGAGGUAAACUUUAUGGAUGAUGUUGGGCAGACAUUACUCAAUUGGGCAUCAGCAUUUGGAACGUUAGAAAUGGUAAGUUAUUUUUUAAGGAAAAAAGACUGAAUUGGGUUAAAAUAAAUUGAUAAAGCCACAUUGUGAUUGACAGGACAAGCCCAUUGGAGUGGCUUUAAUAAUUAUUAGACUAUUAAUGAUGAUUACAGUGUUUCUCACUGUUUUGUUUGGCCAUUACUGAGAUUGUUUUGUGAAAUAUCAUCAGGUGGAAUACCUUUGUGAAAGGGGAGCAGAUGUUAAUAGAGGGCAAAGGUCAUCAUCUCUUCACUAUGCUGCUUGCUUUGGUAGACCAGCUGUUGCUAAAGUGAGUGGAAUUGUGUAUCUGUGCACAAUGUGCCAUACGUGUGCUGGCAAUGUUAGCCCUUUAAUCCCCAAUAUCCACGCACAAAUUCUCCAAACUGAUCUCCGUACAUUUCCUUUAAGAAUUAGUUAAGAGAAUUUGAUAAAAGAUCAAAGUAUUUUCUCUUAGGUGAUCAUUUUAUUAAUUCUCAUAACCUCACCUCAUGACAAUGUGUGAAUAUCGUUAGGAGAAAAUUGCUGUUGGUCAUUAUUGGGACUUAAAGGGUUAAGAGAUAGCACAUUUGUGUUUAUGUAAUACAUGUAUUUAUUGUACUGGAUUUGUUUAAGGCAACACAGCAAAAUAAUCCUGGCUAAUUGUAGCACAUUUCUUGGAACUUUCAUUGAAAUAUGGGUUAAUGAAAUGUUUUUGUGUUCUUCAUUUAGUAACAGUGAGGGCAAAAGGCAGUAUAUACCUAGCUAAAACAUACUUUUAUUGGCAUUUUUCAGACUUUACUUCGCCAUGGUGCUAAUCCAGAUUUAAGGGAUGAGGAUGGUAAAACUCCAAUGGAUAAAGCUAGAGAACGUAAUGAUGAAGGUCAUAGAGAAGUAGUGCAUAUUCUUCAAUCACCAGGUAUAAAGUACUGCCUGCUUCUCAAGCUAUUUACCUAAAAAACAAUACAGGAACCCUAUGUGAACAACAUGCUAACAUAUCUGCUGUCUGACCAUUCAGUGUCUAUAUACAAUCUGUAUGUGUAAGUUGGCAUUUCUGUAUAAUGUACAGUAAGUAUUCAAGUCUCCCUGUAUAAUGUAAUAAUGUUGCCAAUGUUGUAUAAUGAAAUUACAUGCAAAUGAACUGUGAAGUUAAUCAGGGUUGAUUUUUGUUUUCACUGAAGGUGAAUGGAUGGUUCCUGUUGGAAAUAGCUCUGCCUCAUCCUCAACACCAGCACAACCAACCACUGCCCAAGAUAAUGCCAACACUGACGAGAAAACAGAAGAGCCGGAGGACGUGAAGGGAGACCCUGAAAUGGCUCCUGUUUAUCUUAAAAGUCUCCUGCCACUGUUUGCGAAGAACUACAAAGACACAAUGAUGCCAAGCAUCAGAAAGGCAACUUUAGCACUGAUGCGCAAGAUGAUUCAUUACGCAUCUCAAGCACAGUUGGAGGAGCUGUCGCAGAAUUUAAAUUUUGCAUCAGUUAUUAUUGAAGUUUUAUCGGUUGUCCUGGAUCAUGAGGUGGGCAUUAGUACAGUAGCUCAUUUGUAGCUCUCAUUACCAGAAGUAUCGAUAAUGAUAAUAACAAAGGAAUGUAAAGGGCUGCAAACAAAUACAGUUGUACUUUAGGAGGGUUUUGCAGGGAUAAACACAACAUAGGGUUAGGGUUAGGGUUAACCAUUGAGAGAUUUGGAAUUGCGCUUACAGCAAACAGCAAUUUGUACCACUUGACUACGUUUUUUUCUUUACUUGUCCUUUACUGUUAAUUACUUCUACACAAAUACUUGUAGUUUCAUGCCAGUUUUAUCAAUAAGAAUUGCUUUAAAAGACUGUUUUAAUCUGCUCAUUUUCUAUUAAUUUUUGAUAAGUUCUAAACUUGAAUCUGCAGAUUUCCGUUUGCUGUAAAUGUGAGUCGUAAUCUCUAUAAUGUUUAGUGUAAAAACUGCUCUCAGACAUGAAACACUCUAUGGCCUGACACCUGCUGAUAUUACAGCUAUUUGAGCCAAAAACAACACGAGUGUUUUUAUCACAUUGCAAUAAUUAGUAAUUAAUUAUUUUGUUUUAUGUCUAGGAUGAUGAUGAUGGUCAUUUAACUAGUCUUCAGAUUAUAGAGGAUUUGUUGGAGAAAUGUCAAGAGACAUACAUUGGACACUUGGCUCGUUUAGGUGUCAUUAGCCACAUUGCAGAGCUUGCUGGGCCACUCCAGGAAGUUGAAACAGUACCAGAAGAACCUGAAGUGAAGACUAAGGAGGAGGAAACAGAGAAAAAGGUAUAGAUGCAAGAGGCAUUACAUUGCAUACAUGCAGUGUACAGUACAUCUGUGUUAAGAGUUAUGGCAGAGCACCAACCCAAGAAUGAAACAAUCUUUCAAGCAGUACAUUACGUUAUUUUGUUCUGAAGCAUGUAUCCUGUAUAAGUACAUGAUACAAUGAGGAAUGAGCACAUGUACAGUAUUAAAGCGCAAGUUAUUUGUAUGCAUGUUGAGGUGCUAGAAAUCAAACAAAUGAACACAGUGAAUAAGUGAGAUUUCUUAUACAAAACAUGUUCGACUGUCUUAAGAUUGCACAAAGCACUUUUCUUGUAGUGUAGUGACAUUCAAAGCAACCUUUUGCCUUAUUUUUUAACUUUUUCUUCCCAAAAUACUUGGAUUAACCUGGAAUGCUUCAAUUUACAGCUAUUUGUUAUGAAAUGAUGAGAAGAAUGGCAUGAUAUACUUCUUUAUUCAAUAUGGCAUAGAAGUUAUUAAAAAAAGAAAAGAAAAAAAUGUCAUUGGCAGUAAAAUCUUGUAGUGUAUCCAUUCAAAUAAAAGAUGUGGAGUAGUAUUUUUUUGUUCUGCUAUUUUUGUGUUAAUUUUUAUACUUUUUCUUACAGUUAUAGUUUCUUUGUAACUUUGAAUAUUUAACCUACGUGUAGGAUGAAGAUACAGUUCAAGAGGACGCAUCUGAUGUAGAACAAGGCAAACCCUACCACUGGCAUGACUGGUGCAUUGUGCGCAGCCGUGACUGUCUUUAUUUGUGGAAUGAGUCCUGUGCUUUGGAGCUUUCUAAUGGCAGUAAUGGCUGGUUUAGGUUUAUUCUGGACGGCAAGCUGGCCACCAUGUACUCCAGCGGCAGUCCUGAAGGCGGAUCAGACUCUUCAGGUAGGUAUUCCAUAUUUUUUCAUCUUAGGGAAACAAAAAAUAUUGAUCACACAAUGUUUUUUGUUUUCAUGUCGAACUUAACUUUGUUGAUACUGUACUUUGUUUUACAGAUGUUAACAAGUUGAAAGUCUUCUUUACAAACGCCUCCAUGAUACUAACUCUUGCAGUCGACACUUGCAGUUUCUUUGGUCCAAAGAAAUUAUACCUGGCAACCUUACUCACAAACACCUACACCUGCAUGAGGCAAAUGCUUAACUCUGUCCAUCUGGUGUCUUUUACAUAUAGAGCCUGCAUUACAGUUUACUGUCCUAAGGGCUAGGGACUAGGGAUUACUACUGAUUAUGCAAAAAUAAAUGGCAGAAAAAAAAUGAAAAAGUUGAUGUGUAUGACUUUGCUGUGCAUGGUUGCGCUCAGGAACAAAAUGGUAGCCCCUGCUUACCUUCCAUCAUUCAUUAAUGCAAACAGGGCUUGUACAGAGUCUUGAAUUCUUGAAAACCUGGCGUUGAGCUGAAGACUUGAAAAAAUGGUAAAAAGUCUUAAGUUAUUUUGAAAGCUACAACAAGUGCUUCACAAGUGAAAUUUUUUUCGUUUUGGUCAAAUCUUAUUCAAUCUUGCAUGGAUGUCAGGGAAAAAGCUUUAUUCCUGUGUUUUUUAAGGUGUCUAUAGAUCACCUGUUUGAUAACCUUGAGUCUGGAAAAGUAAAUUAUUGCUUUGGAAAAGGUCUGGAAAAAGUCUUGAAUUUUGGAUGAAAAAUCUGUACGAACUCUGUGCAAAUGGCCAUCUCUGUCAAGAAAGAUUGUUAAGAUCCAGAAAUCCUGCUACCAUGAAAACCUGACGUCACACUUGUCCUCUCUGUCACAUCUUUUCUGUGUGACUGAAUACUAACUUUUGUUUCUUUCUAAUUCCAGAGAGCAGAGGAGAAUUUCUUGAAAAACUCCAGCGUGCACGAGGACAGGUGAAACUUGGAACCCCAAGUCAACCAUUUCUGUCAUCACCUGGCUCCACUCGACUCUCUGUCGGCAACUGGUCUCUCACAUGUACCAAAGAUAAAGAAGUAUCAAUUCAUAAUGCUGAUGGACAGCAAGCUACAAUACUCCGUGAAGACUUAGCUGGGUUUGUUUUUGAAUCCAACAGAGGAACAAAGCACACAUUCAAUGCUGAGACCUCACUGGGGCCUGAGUUUGCUGCUGGUUGGAUGGGAAAGAGAGGAAAAAGAUUUGUGUCAAAAGUGGAAGCUCAGAAGUUGAAGAUUAGAAACUUGGCUGCUGAGAUUCAGGAGAAGUAUCUUCUGACUGCCCAAGCAACACCUCGUAAAGUUGUUGCAACAUUACAGGAGAUAGUCACUCAACUCCAUUCUGCUUGUUUAUCCCAAGAAAACCUUACUAAGGUAGGAACUCUACCAACAGGGAAUCACAACAGAAUUAACGUACAGCUAGAGUGGCUACAUGCUCCAGAAAAAUGUAUCAUGGUGGGGUUUGUUACUUUUCCAUUUGAAUACUAGGGAAAAGUUAGUUACUUGUAGUUUUUGUAGCUAAGUGAGUUCACAUAACAAAAAUUUUCUUUUUUUUCAAAGUUACUGGGAAAUUGUGAGAAGUACAAGAGCCAUUUGUCAAUUAAAUACUCCAUAAACCAUACUAAACACAAGGUUCUGUUGCAGGGAGCAGACAGUAAAGAAUCAUGGAGGGAAGAAAUGCUUAGUGCUUUGAAAGGUUUACUUCAAGUGCUACAAGAUGAUGCCACAGUCUCUUCUUAUGAGCUGCAGUCUACUGGUCUUGUCACAGCCCUUUUGCGAUGUCUAUAUCAGGUAACACUGAUGCAGAGAACUCUUUCUUAUUUAGUUGGACAUCCCUGGAGUAAAUGGAGCUCCUUGCCUCUGAAAGGUGUCUCACAGCAAGUCAAAUAAGGGACAAGAUUAAUGAAAGUUUGCGACUUAUAAGACACCUACCAAUUAUAUUCUCUGUUAUGAUUGAGAAAGUUGUCUGGAACCUUAAUGCCAAUUGAAAUAACAGAAGUUAAACUCCUUUACCUUUCCAAAGUGAAUGGAGCAUGUACUGAGUAUGGAGUAUGUACUGUACAUGAGUAUGUACUGCCUGCACAUAGGUGUAAAUAGAGUACCUGGGUGUUAUUUACAGAAAUUUAUUUACUGCCUUUUUCAGACUGGUAAGGUAGUAUCUUCUGAGAAUGACAAUGCCAGCAAUCGUGCUGCAGAAUGCAUUGCUGAACGAAUUGAGGUGUUCAAGUCAGCUUUUGGGGAAACAGAGGAGCAACUAAACCAGGAAAAGUAUGUAUUCACCAAGAUUGACAAUAGUUACUACUAGCAAUGCGUUAGGAUUUAAACUUUGAAGUGUCCAAAUCUCUAACAGGGCUGUCAUCAAGAGGCGGGGUCUGGGGAUUUCUCCCUGCUUCUAUGAAUGUGGCCCCCAACUACUUUCAUAGGAAAAUAGAAGUAAAUAGAACCAAAAGAAAUCCAUAGCUGUUUUUUUCCCCACCUACUUGUUGUAUUUACCUUAGUGACAUCCCUGCUCUAUGUUUUCUAUCUUUUCUUUUUUCUGUCUUUUCCUUGUCAAAGGAGGCGAUGUAAGUUUGACUGUUCAUAAUGACACUGCUAUGAAGGAUGUAGAACAUGGGACAUCUAGCUUACAAGUUUCACUCUUCGGGAUAUUUUCAAGAUCUGAUUGUAGUUCUUUCUUUCUUUCUCUUCUUUCAGAAGUGGGGAAGUUACACCAGCCACAAUCCUUGUAAAGAAGCUUGUAGCUGUUUUAGAAUCAACAGAAAAAUUACAUCUCCUGACUUAUGAGUGCCCUGGUUCUGGUCUGCAGGUUUGUUUGCACUUACAUGUAUUCAGAGGUCCUGAAAUAAUCCUCAAGCAUUACUAUUCAGCUUUUAUUGUAUUUAGCUAUUGUUUUAGCUUACUUUGGCCCCAAAUGUAAUAUUCAUGGUUACACCAUCUCUUUAAGCUGGCAACCUCUUUAAGCUGGCAAGUUCUUAAUUAAUCAUCAUUGAUUUGCUUUCUUAUGGUUUCUUAGGUGCUGGCCAGGCGACUGAGAUUCCAGUUGGAGCGAGCUUCAGGCGAGAGUUCAUUAAUUGACAGAACUGGAAGAACUUUGAAAAUGGAGCCCCUGACCACUGUGGGGGACCUAGAAAGAUAUCUUCUGAAAAUGGUUGGUUUGAUAUUAUUUUAAAAUUUUGCAAGUUGCCCAAUGAAAAAGGAUUAUUGGUAAAUUUUUCAUGGGUAACUAAUAACUGAGUUGCUUCCUGCCCGUAAAAUGAAACAAAAUCUUGCCCUUUUAGCAAGCUGACAUGUCUGUUUUCUGGUGAUAAUCAAGAAGUUCAAAAGCUUCCAACCCAUGAAAUUCAAGAUGGCCAGCAGUCAAGUUUUUUGCACAUGGGAUGCUAGAGUACAGCUCUAGGUCUUCCUAUUAAUUUUCAUUGUAACAUUAGCAUCUCAAACACAAAACUGUUUUUCCUCAGGUGGCUAAGCAAUGGUAUGACUUCGAGAGAAGUAGUUACAACUUUGUGCGUAACCUCCGAGGUAACAACAAGAUCACCUUCACCCACAUGCAUGACUUUGACGAGAAUGGGAUUAUUUACUGGCUUGGUACAAAUGGCAAGUCCAUUGCAGACUGGAUCAACCCAGGUUCUGUUGGAAUUGUGUCUGUAAGCACUUCAGAGGGUCGCGGUUUACCAUAUGGAAAAGUAGAAGAUAUUCUGAGUAGAGACACUGCGGCACUCAACUGCCAUACUAAUGAUGACAAGUAGGUGUAUACUACAUUUUCGUUUGAUUUUCAUUUUAUUGGUAAAUUCAGUGGGCAGUGUCUAUACAAAACAAAAUACGCACUCCAAAUUGUAUUCAAUUGACAAGUCGAUAAAAGUAAAUUGUACAAAUGGUAAAGAGCAGAAGAAAAGUUACGUUAAAAACAAUGCUGAAGUUACAUGUAACUGGGGUACAGAAUAUAAAUCAGAAACUUACAAGUACACUACAUUCUACAUGUACAUAAAACUAGAAAAAGUCACAAAUUUUGAUUCUGGGAAUACUGUAAGACUAAAAGCAUUAUGUGAACGUACAACUAAAGAGCACACCAAUAAUUAUGUUGUUCAGAGACUCAAGAGUUAAAACUAAAAGUACAUUCUUUGUCUGCAUACAGCUGUUAUUGUCUCUGAAACUGUGUGCCUUUUUUGUCAAAGACUAAAAUGGCCAAAAUCAAAACUGAAGAAAAUUCUCAAUUAAAUUUUUUUACUUAAAACAUUCUAAAACGAAUUGAGAAAAUGCUGCCUAAAAGGUCCAUCAGUACACACGUGAUUUACUGACGAGUACUGUUUUCUUUUCAGAAAUGCUUGGUUUGCCAUUGAUCUUGGUGUGUGGUUCAUUCCUAGUUGUUACACCCUGAGACAUGCUCGUGGAUAUGGAAGGUGGGCUCUACAUCUCCAAACUCUAAACUUGAACAAAUUCUAAUUAAAAAUUCCCCAAGUUACAUUCUCAACAGAAGUGGAACCUCUGAUCGUUUAGUUGCUAGUUCAGAUGCUCUACCACUGAACUACAGGAGACUGACUGGUCGGAACAGAGGUCAUUUAACUAAGAAGUCACUCUGCCUACUCUUAUGACUGGAAUAUCUAUAGGUGGCGCUUUUUCCGGGAAUGAUGAAUUUCAGUCUUAGUGAAUAUAUUAUAAAUGUUUUAUUUCAGUCAAGUUUCUCACACUGUACUGUGAGGCUUCAACUACAGACUCUGAGACACUGAUACAUCUGCACUGCGCAGUUUGAAGUCUACUUUUUGCUGUAGUGUCAACUUCUUCUUUAUCUAUUCUUAGGUCUGCUCUUCGUAACUGGCUUUUCCAAGUUAGCAAAGAUGGUAAGAACUGGACAACCCUGUAUACCCACACGGAUGACAACUCUCUCAAUGAACCUGGGUAUGUAUAUGAAAAUCUCUGUCUCCUCUUUUCCUCAGACUUAAAAAAGUGCGAAGGAUACACGCUUAUGCGCUGAAAAAGUGCCUCUCAUGUGACGGUGCGACGUGUGGGAAAAGAUAAUUUGCGCGUCAUCUCACGUCUUCUCACUUGCUUAUUAGGAAACUCAAUUGAUUACUGGUUUAGUAAAGAGAUACAAGAAUGAAUGCUUUCUUUAUGGAGUAUAUAGAUAUGUAUAUGUUUUUAACCGCAGCAGGAUUAGCUCAAUUGGUAGAGCGCUUGACUGCAGAGCGACAGGUCGCGGGUUCGAUUCCCAGGGCCGGACCAACACUCAGGGUCUUAAAAUGACUGAGAAAUGAAGGUACUGCCUUUGUCCUGCAAACGGCUAGACCUUCGCGUGGCUCGGUCCCGCCUCCAGGAAGAGACGUAAAAGAUAGCAUCCCCAAUUAGUACUUUCGUGCUAAAUACGUUGACACUGAAAUAAAGUUCUUUUUUAUUAUCAAUAGGUCAACAGCAUCGUGGCCGUUAGAGCCCCCAUCAGAUCCAGAAGGCUGGCGGUACGUGCGCCUUCAGCAAGCAGGCAAGAAUGCCAGUGGACAGACUCAUUACCUGUCUCUAUCAGGAUUUGAACUGUAUGGAACAGUUCUAGCAGCUGUGGAAGAACCUUUAGGUUAGUUUUUGUUUACUGCGUUUAACUUUACAUCUUCCUCGAGGACAAGCUGAACAACUACUGCAGUUUUGAAAGAGAUGUGGUUUUACUGUUAGUCAAAUCAAGUGAACCAAUCACAGAAGGAGCUUGCUUUCAAGUCAUCCAAUCAGUCUCAAGCAAAUAACGGCCGGAAAAUAUGUAUGAGGUUGUCGGGAUUGGUUUUACAUGCGGUGUAGCUUUGCUCCAGAUUGGUUGAGAAAUUAGCACGGGGUUUUUCAUCGAGUCACUAAGUGUUGUGAUGCAAAACUAAAGAAAUUGUAAAAUUGUUUUUAACGCACAAUUAAUAACUUCUUUAACCGUAUCAUUUCAACUGCAAAUUACUAUAUAGGCCCAGAACAGCAGCCACCCUUCAAGGUUAUGACAGCAGCUGACAGACUGGCCAAGUCGCUUAAGCCCUGCUGGUCUUUGUGUCCAGGUAAAGCUGCCAGGGAGGUGGAAGCUGCUUUGCGUCGCCAGCGCCGUCUAAUCCGCUCACAGAUGCUGAAACACCUGAGCGUUGGCAGUAAGGUGGUGCGUGGAAUGGACUGGAAGUGGAAAGACCAGGACGGGAACCCCCCUGGUGAAGGACUGGUCACUGGGGAAUUGCAGAAUGGUAACGGUGAUGACAAGCUUGAUUACUUUUAGAAAGAACUGAGUAGUUUGUCCUUAAGGGAAGACUGGGUGAACUGAAACUUGAUAUUUGUUACUUGAUGAAAGCCUUAUAAUAAAGAUGAGGUGACAAUGGCAAAAAACAUGGACACUUCCAUGAAGGAGACAAUUUUCCGAGGUACCGGCUGGGCAUGGGGAUAUGGGAUGGACUACAAAAUGGGAAGAUCAAGAUGGAAAAUCAUUCAGUUAACUUGAAAACUGCAGAAUUGUAAUUGGGAAAAAUUUUACCAGUUCUAUAGAAAGAGGAUAAUUGAAGGGUAUUUUCUUUAAAUCUCGAUGGUAUAGAUGGAACGGUAAGUGAAAUGAUCACCACAGAUACCCUUGAUAUUUUUAUUAUCAUUUCUGGACAGGAUGUGAUCCAGGGCAUCCUUUAGAAUAUGUUUAUAAGUUGUGGUUGCGAUUGAACGCUAUAUUUGAUUUCAUGUUUGACGUGUAAUUUCUCACUGAUUUGCUUAGGUUGGGUAGAAGUGGCGUGGGAUAAUGGAACCUCUAACUCGUAUCGCAUGGGAGCGGACGGCAAGUUUGACCUGAGAGUCGUGGAGAGUCGUCCUACGUCAGAAACAUCAAGGGAACCUUUAUCUUCUGUCUCUAGCGAAGAGGGACAUUCUGACGAGGGGCCCUCAACUGAGGAGGCUAAAUCGCCACCACCUGUAGCACCUCAACUCGACAGUUCCUCAACAUCAAAAGAUACAGAAGUUUCAAGCCAGGUUUUAGUAGAGCCGGUCAGCGUUGAGGAUAUACCAGACGAAGGAAUAUUUACUUCAGAUGAUAUUUUUGACUCGCCUGGAAUGGAAACGUCAGUGAUAGUGUUAGAGGCAUCAGGAGACGGUUCAGCGGCAGCGACAGCUAUUGAUGACAUAAAAGAGACUGUUGGUGAAAUUACUGAGGUUACGGAUGAGGAGUGCAUCACCAGUGAAACUGUGGACUCUACGACAACAGAAACCUCUAGCACCAACGAUACUUCAGUUAAUAUUGCUUCGGAGGAAUCCGCUGAGCGAAGGUAAGCUUUACUGAAGGCCCAGGGACGUAGUGCAGCAUCGUGUGAUUAUUCAAACUGAAGUGAAAGUGACUGAGCUCAACUCUUUCAAUAUGUUUUAGUUGUUUUGUAUUCAUUAGUAUUUAUGUGGUAAAUAUUGACAGUUAUCUUCAUGUAAGUGUACCGAAGUUUUGUUUAAUAGCAAACUUUCCUUGGGCUGGUCAUAUCAGCUUUUUUUUUCUUUCUUUCUCGUAAAGAUUGAUACAAGUGGAUGAAAUAAAAAAACUUGCUAGUUCCCUAAAUAGCCAGUGGUCUCCUUUAGGCUCAGCUGGAACAAAUUUGUUUACCAAUGGCAAUCUUUUUUGAAUUGCACAGAUCAGCCGCCAAUGCAGCUAACAGUCCAACAAGCAGCCUUUGUCGAGCGUCUGACCUGGAUAUGUAUGUGGCCAUGAGAGGCUCUGGUCUUUUAACAGGACUGGAGGAUGAUUAUGAUCUGCCAGAACCUGACGAUGAUGACGAUGACGACGAUGAUGAUGAUGACGAUGACGAUGAAAACGAUGAAGACAAUGAGGAUGAUUAUGAGGUAAAAACAAUGCGUGAUCCUGGCGGUUUAACACGUGAAAAGGACGUAAAUGCUGUAGGUUGUCAAGUGUGUAUUGAGCAUCCUCAGUGAAAGAAUUAAAGGGCGUACCAACGUCGAGAGCCAAAAAGUUAAUUCAGUAAGAUUAAAGUUUAUUAUUACUCAUUUCUCAUUUCUGAUUUCCGUUUCUGAUUGGCUAAAAGCACACCCAUAAUUCACCAUAACCAGCUACUGUUGACCAAAUUUGGAAGAAUUUUGCGAUUAAUCAACCGAUGACGUCAAAAGUGCAGCACAGUUGCAGGUUAAUUAAUGCACCGUUAAACGCGAAGACCUGGUUGUCAGUUGUUUUAUUGUCAUUGGAAACAAUAUCCACAGGCUAAGAAUGACAAGAGCUAGUACUACCGUGCAAAGGUAAAACCUCACUCGUUUUAAGCGAAGAAAGGUGGUAGUUAUUUUUACUCUUUACCAAACAUCGCUCUGUUAUUGCUUGUCUCAUUUAUUGAUGCCUUCAUACUCAGGUUGAAGAGGAGCAUGAGUCACGUGGAGGUCGUCGCCGCACGUGGGAUGAUGAGCACGUGCUCAAAAGGCAGUUUUCAGCGCUGGUUCCUGCCUUUGAUCCCAGACCAGGGAGAACCAACAUCGCACAAACACAAGAUAUUGUGAUCCCUGCUCCUGGUGAGGGUUUACUGUUAACAAUCUCCUCUCUCAUCUUAACGUAUACGUGGCUGUUUUGGUAUUUGAUAUCGCGUUAAUGUUUUAACCUUCUUCGUUUUUAAUCGGUCAUUUUGAGUCAUCUAUAAUUGCCUAAAAUUCAGUGUGCUAGCCUCCUUGCACUAAACCUCAGCUUUCAAGUCUUGAAAACUGUAUACCCAGCGGCUGCUGUUGCACAAAACUGCAUAAACACUAUUUAGAAAGCAAAUUUUAUUUGAAAUGGAAAACAGCGUUUUAGCAAGACCUACUUCUUUAGAACCAAUAAAGGUUCAUAUUUUGUUUUCUUGUCAAUAGGAUCACCAGAAGGCAUCUCAUCAGAGGUAACGACAACCAUUCAAGAACCACGUUUGAAAUUGUCCCUGAAAGGACCAGCCUCGUUGAUGGUACUUGUUUUAUUUAUUUUUGUCGUUUGAAGACUUUUGCUGCGUCACCGUUUCUCCUUUCCCACGUGACUGCCCCUGGGUUUCCGAGAAUGUUUUUUUCUUGACAAGUUUAAUGGCCAUUUAAAUGAAGUGAAUUGUAUUCUUCCACACAAGCAGUAACGGAUCUUGGGUACUUCUUCUCACCCGGUUCCUGAAGGGCCGUUUGGCGCUAAUCCAGGAUUGAAAUUUUGUUCCGUUUUUGUAUUUUGCCUUCCCACCUAUUGCUUAGAGUAACAUUUUGUGUUAUCAUUACUGUAUCUUGGAGUAAAGGCUCCACAGGAUUUUGUAAGCUAAAGUUUGCAUGUUCUUAGACAAAAAAAAACCUGGCUCCAUAUUUGGCUUAAUCAUUGGUUAAACGUAACCAUCUUUCGAGGAACCCGGUUGGCCUGUAUAACCCUUAGCUAUUGAAGUCAGUUUUGGGGGUGUUGUUUGCAUCGAUUAUCCGUUACUUCGUGAAGACCAGUGAGAAGCCUCGGUGCAAACCAAACUCUUUCAUCAUGUGCAGGGUGUUCUAAUGUUUAAAGUGUGCGAAAGAGUCCUUGUAAUUACGUGUGACCAUUAGAGUGAAAGAUCGAUCAACACUUUCCUGUGUUACGGACGGUUCCUGUAUAAACACAAACACAAUUGAUUAGUCCUCAUGUCCUUUUGCACUAGGUGACACUUUCUGUUUCGUCUUUUCUACCAACUGAAAGCACAUAAUUACGUGCAGAACAAUUUGGGAUUUCUUGAUUUUUGGAUGUGAGUACUUUUGGCUUUGUAAGUGCAAACUGCUUCAUAAGCAAAUUUACUGUUUUUGUUGUCCUUUCUUUCUUCCUUUCAGCUUCCUGAUGUGGAGAUUAGCCUUGAUGACCCGAAGGCUACCAUUUUUUCGUAUGUUCAAAAGGUGGUGCUGGCGGCUGGCUUAACCAAGAAUGAAAGAGUGCGAAGGGUCUGGGAACCUACUUAUACGUAAGUUUCGUUUAGACUAUUGUUUUUAAUACAUUUAUGUGAGUGGCCUUGAACCUAAACGUAACGUGCAUUAAUGACCUCUUGCAAUGUUGUUUCAAGCCAAUUCUCAACGUAAAUGGAAGCAUUAAUGUUGCCAAGCGUAGGUCGGAUGGGAGCCAUUAGUGUUAGACAUUAGCGUACACUUGUACUAUUAAACGCUCUAGCAGUCAUUUGAACAGUGUUACUCACUGCGGAUGGGACCUUUUGUCUCCAAUCAGUCCUUGUUAAUCACUGGGCCUAAAUUGCUGUGUAUAAAAAAGGGGAAUUCCACAAUAGCGCCCGGAAGACAGUAGUCAGUGACUUUAUGUAAUUUCAUUUUUCUGCCAUUACAGGAUAAGUUAUCGAGAGGCUCACUCUUCCGAUCCGGUUGAGAGUCCACGAGAAACCAAAGAAGACACCGAGACAACGGUAAGGUUUAACUCAUUAUCAAAGGUUUCUUUAUAAAGAAACCAAGCGCCACUUUUGCUGUAUGAGAAAGAAAAAAAACUUUUAAUGUCAAAGACUUCCAACUUGCCCUUGUUUUGAAAAGGACUUUUCCAGCAACUCGAAAAUGCUCUAUCCUGAUGAAUAACUCUCACUCUUUACAUCAGAAAUGAUGGUAUAAAUUUUGUCCCCUUAUUUGAUCAUCAGGUACAUUGGACGAUAUCUUAUGUGGAGCGUUAUCUCGGUACGGAUGAGCUUCCCAAAUCUGAGGUGAUCUCUUUCCUUCAGAGGCAUGCUGAUGCUGCUUUUUUGAGAAAGUGGAAGCUUACAGGAGUACCUAAGAGCAUACGAAAGAACAGAAACUGUUCACAGCUUGUGGCAGCCUAUAAGGUAGGUCGAGUCUUACACGGGUGGCUGGCUGGCUGGCUCGUACUAUAUUUUGUAGCUGUUGGGUUGAAGUAGCCGAUGUAUGGAGGUGGCCUUGAGUGGAAACUCACCCAUUUGUGUUUCCUUUUAAGUCUUGUGGAUGAAACCGUAUGGCGUGUUCAUUCAUACGAAACCUCUUCCGAUAGGGUUUCAUCUAUUACCAUUUAAAUGUGCUUUAUUAGUUCCAAAAUGAAGUUUGGGGGUUGAACCGCCCUUUCAGUCAUUCCUCUUCAAUACCGUGAGAGAAAACAUGUUUAUUUUAGCUGGCGCUCACUAAUCCAGUUAACUAUGUCUGGCGAAGAAUCUUUAAAAAAGAAUAAAGCCAUAUAGGGUGUGUUUAACGAAAGUUUUUAAAACGUCGUCAAAGUGAAAGUCUUGCAACACUGAAAUAACGACUUGCCGUAUCCUACCCUACAGGAAUUUUGCAAUACCAUGGACUCGUCCCCGCCCCCCACAUUUUCGGCUCCGAUUGAGAAGCCGGAAGUUAAGCAAGAGGUGAAACAGGACACGGCAAAGAAACCCGACAAGAGUAUUACUGACUCUUUUGCUACCGAUGUUACUGGAAUAUCCGCUGUUGAGGACAUACUUCAGCUUCUUAAGGUCCUCUACUGUUUAUCCACUAACUCAGCGUACGACUUUGGAGAGGGAGGUAUGUGUUGAAAUAAUCCCUGCCGAAUUAUUGGGUUAACAUGUCUUUUCAGCAUAUUGCCAUAGCAAGCGCUAAAACGGUUUCUGGUUGAGAUGCCUGGGCGAAAUUAGGAGGCAAAAAUCGUGAAAAUUAUCAGGCCUUUCAGUAGCGAUAGUCUUAAUGCAGUCACACUCAAAGUUUACCUCUAGGCUCUUUCGUUGUUCAGUGAUGUGUGAUUUACCAGAUUACCAUCCUUUGUUGAAUUUUCAAACACAUCUUGUGUCUCCUUGUUAUGUAGGUAAUGACGAAUAUGGAUUUAUCGUGGACAAUGACGAUUUUACAAGCAAGAAGUUGACAACCAAACUGUUGCAACAAAUUCAGGUAGGACGUAAAACCUAGGAUAUUAGCUUGGAAAAUAGUAACUGACGUGAUGAAGAACUAUAAAGGACUGAGCAUAAGCUUUUAUGUGAAGAAGACUGACUCACAGCAACUUUAGCUGGUACAUUCAAAUGUGUUCACAAAUAGAAACGACCUCUCUUUAGCAGUCAGUCUCUUUCUUUUAAAGCAGUUUGUCAGUAUUUACUUGCAGGGUUGAUAGAAUGUCAUUUAUUUAUUUUUUACUUUCAGGAUCCGUUAGUGUUGGCUAGCAAUGCACUGCCAUCUUGGAGUGAGCUGCUGACCAGCAAGUAUCCCUUCCUGUUUCCUUUUGAGACGAGGCAGCUGUUUUUUUCAUGCACAGCUUUUGGUAGCUCAAGGUAAGACUGACAUGCGUGACUUUCGAUCGAGUCAAUCCACAAGGGUCUUAUACAUUUUGUUGUAACGAUCCAUGUGCCGGAAACACUGCGUGGAAAGUUUGCUUUAUCUAAUAUUGCAAUGAUGACAGUGGAUAGAAAUUUCUUCCUCAGAAAUGUUCAUGAAACUGUGUUCUCGGAGGUGUCAGUUAGAGCGGUUUUUUCAGAGUUUGACUGUUGUUUUUGUGGCGUCCCGGCAUUGAAUCAUCCUCUUGGGCCUAGAAAAAUCGCGAUAAUAAUCAUUUAUCCUGUGCUAGCUGCUUGGAACGAGUGCGACUUAAAUCUGUAGAUAAUAAACACAGACACAAGACCAAAGUGAGAAAAUUUUUCUUAAAAACAUAUUAACGGACAUGGUACUUUGUCUCUCUAGAGCGAUCGUAUGGUUGCAAAACAAGCGUGAUGUAGCUCUCGACAGAAGUCGUCCCCCGAGUCAUCGCCGAGAGGAUCAACAUGAGUUUAGGGUGGGGCGACUGAAGCACGAGAGAGUCAAGGUACCGCGAGGAGAUGAGGUUAGUACUGACCGGGACUGAUCAGGGUGGGGUUAGGUGGGGUUAGGGUUAGACCAGGGUUAGGUUAUGUGGGGUCCCAUUUUUAUAUGAAGAUUGGUCUGUCGUAACAGAAUGCGUUCGUACUUGAUUAAAUAAAGUGCAUGUUCGUUUUUCCGACAUGAGAGGUACUAAGUCGUCAUAUUUUUAUCUUGUAGUUGCUGGAUUGGGCGAUGAACGUUCUUAAGUACCACGCUGAACGCAAAUCUGUUCUGGAGGUAAGUGAGUCGAUUAGUGAAGGAAAAUGGCUAAAUAGAAUACAUCAAGACAAAUCACCUGCAAGAGAAUAAUUGGAAGCAGUACAUAAUAUCAAAAGGUGGUUGGUAAAUGACACCGCACUCUCCUUGUUUAGGUGGAAUUUGAAGACGAGGAAGGCACCGGCCUAGGGCCGUCAUUGGAGUUUUAUGCCCUUGUGGCUGCCGAGCUUCAACGCAAGAGCCUGGGCAUGUGGAUUUGUGAUGACGUCAUGGUGGAUGAAACUGCCAGAGAGGUUUGUGAAAUUGAUUGAUUGUGUUUUAUGUAGUAAAAAGCGUAAAAGAGGUCCUUUCAACUAGGCUAUUUCAGAGUUGCCCCAAUCCUCUGUUUCAAAGCGAGGCUAAGUGUGAAGGUAUUGAAAAGGAAAUGACUUUUUGUUCUCAUCAAAUAAACCUCAUUUUCACGUGAAAGGUUUUACACUUAGCCUCGUUUUGAAAGCGAAAAGAUUUGAAACUCGGAAAUGGCCUGUUGUCAGGCUAGUUUUUUAUGGUGAAAUUUUGACUUAAAUAAGAGUUGUGUUGUAUGGACUACGAAUUAACCUAAACUACCAGUUAUUCGUGGUCAUUGCAGGUUGAUAUUGGUCAUGGCAUUCGCCCAAGAGGUUAUUACGUGCAACGCGCAGGAGGCCUCUUUCCUGCGCCCCUGCCUCAGGAUGCGCCUGACACGGAGAGGGUCGCAAAGCUCUUCUACAUCCUGGGUAUCUUCCUUGCUAAAAGUUUACAAGACAGUCGACUAGUGGACAUUCCUUUAUCACUGUCAUUUCUAAAGCUUUUGUGUUGGAGUCCUUCGUCUUUAAUCAGUAACAGCUCUGCAAUUCACAAUCGCGGCUCGGUUCUUAAAGUAAUCGACGAUGCUUCAUGCCCCCUCGAAGAUUUUGUCGAGAGCUCGGACACAACGAACGAGCUCGAUCAACCUCAACCGAGCUUGGAGGAGAACGAAAAUACCAUUAACAAAAUGGACUGGGAAUUCAGCAAAGAAAGAGAACUUAUUGAAGAAAAGGAAGAACUCUCCAAGGAGGAAAAUUCUGAACUGAGUAAAACUAAAGAGAGCGUCGAGGAAAUACCUACAACGUCUUCAACACCAUGUUGGUUUGCGGGAAUUUUGGACGAUAGUGAUAUGGUCACGGUUGAUCCUCACAGAGCUACUUUUAUAAAACAACUCCAAGAAUUGAUAGCUAGGAAAAACGACAUUCUUACGGACGAUUUGCUGUCCGCAAACGAGAUGAAAGCCAGAAUAUCAGAGCUCAAGCUUAAAACAACUCAUGGUGGUGAAUGUAGUGUUGACGACUUAGGGUAAGUGGUAGUUUUAGUGCUGGUUUGUUUGUUGAUUCUCCAAAAUGUAGUACAGUCGUCCUAACUUCUAGGGCCUCUUAGGUGGUCCUUUGGCAUACUACCUUCCUAUUAUCAUACAAAAUUCCACAACAACAAGUUUAUUUUUCUUCUGUAUACAGACAACUAAAAGGAAUUUUGUUAAAUUUUGAGUUAAAGCAAAAGGUAAAGGGAGAAAACCUUUUACCGAAAAGACAUUUGAAUAUUUCAUUCAUUUUGAUCAGUUCAGGAUGGAAAAAUGGCCAAUUUUUGAGAAAAACCAUGUGUUAACGCCUUUGCAAAAAUGUCAAUUUUUCGAUUUUUUGAACUUGUUGUUUUUAUAGCCAAGAAAGGCAUUUUUUCGUUCUAGAAUAUCGCAAAACACAUUUUCCUGGCCUAUAUUGGCUAGAAAAAAAAAGAUGGAAAAAUGGCCAAUUUUUGAGCAAAACCAUGGGUUAACCCCUUUGGAAAGAUGUCAAUUUUUCGACUUUUUAAACUUCUUGUUUUUAUAGCCUAGAAAGGCGUUUUUUCGUUCUAGAAUAUCGUAAAACACAUUUUCCUGGCCUAUAUUGCCUAUAAAAAUAAAGAAGGAAAAAUGGCCAAUUUUUGACCAAAACCGUGGGUUAACCCCUUUGGAAAAAUGUCAAUUUUUCGACUUUUUGAACUUCUUGUUUUUAUAGCAUAGAAAGGUGUUUUUUCGUUCUAGAAUAUCGUAAAACACAUUUUCCUGGCCUAUAUUGUCCAAAAAAAAAAAAAGACGGAAAAAUGGCCAAUUUUUGACCAAAACCAUGGGUUAACCCCUUUGGAAAAAUGUCAAUUUUUCGACUUUUUGAACUUGUUGUUUUUUCGUUCUAGAAUAUCAUAAAACACAUUUUCCUCGCCUAUAUUGCCUAAAAAAAAAAGAUGGAAAAAUGGCCAAUUUUGAGCAAAACCAUGGGUUAACCCCUUUGGCAAAAUGUCAAUUUUUCUACUUUUUGAACUUCUUGUUUUUAUAGCAUAGAAAGGUGUUUUUUCGUUCUAGAAUAUCGUAAAACACAUUUUCCUGGCCUAUAUUGUCUAAAAAAAAAAAGAUGGAAAAAUGGCCAUUUUUGGACCAAAACCCCUUUUCUUGAAGAUGUAUCAUCAUCAUCAUCAUCAUCAUCAUCGAUGUUAGACCCCUUAUUACUUUGUUAUUACUGGUAUUUGUAGUCAUGAAUAGUAAUGAUUGUUAUAGAUGAUUAUGUUAUUUUCAGGUUAACGUUUCAGUUUACUCCAUCGUCCAAGGUGUAUGGCUUUAGUGAAGUAGACCUGACUCCCAAUGGCGGAGACAAGGUACUCAUUGAAACUCUUUAUAAAUUUGAUCCCAGUUACUUCGUUUAAAAAUGAGUGUUAUUUAUAAAUAGACCGUUGGCUUUCAACCUAUAUAUUUCUGCCCAUUACCAUACGUUUGAGAUCUUAGUGUUGGUGUACGUAUUUAGAAUAAUUCGUUUUUUCGUUCGUUUCUAACAGAUGUUGACUGUAGAGAAUGCAGAGGAGUAUAUCAAGUUAGUCAAGGAAUUCUGUUUGUACACUGGUAUUCAACGGCAGGUGGAUGCAUUCAAAGGUAAUGAAUUUUAUAGAAGCUCAAUCGAAGCUGUAACUCUACUUGAUUGUUAAUUCAAACCUUGAGACUGCGUGCGAGUACAAGAUAGGUGUGGCCUUCUCCUUUUUCAGAAAGAAGGUGCGGCCACACCUAGGCUAGAUUGAUUUCGUGUAUGAAAUAUUAAAAAAUAUUUUAAGCCAGUUCUGUCAGCAGUACUCUCACUUAAUCCUGUGACCAUCAGCAACUGAUCCAUUCAUUUGGGUACUCGGCAGUUGCACCAUACGUCGGGAACGAGGCCAGGCUCACCUCAGGCCGUGACUCUCAAGCGCAUGCUCUCUGCUUUACUUUAGAGGUUAGACUAUGUAGACGUGUAAUAGCCUGGACUUAGUCCUCUAACAUUUCACCUACUUUGCAGACGGAUUUCACGCCGUUUUUCCGAUGGAGAAGCUGACUCCAUUUACACCAGAGGAGCUACAGUUGAUGCUGAGCGGAGAGCAAGUUCCGCAAUGGAGUAGAGAGGACAUAAUCAGCUACACAGAGCCUAAGUUUGGCUACACACGAGAGGCCCCGGGCUUCCAAAGAUUUGUUAACGUGCUGAUGAACAUGAACGGCGAUGAGAGGAAGGUAUGAAAGCAAAACUCACUUCCUUUCCUUUCUCAUUCAAAUACUGUAAUUUUUCUCUUCCCCCCCCCAUCCCCCCGAUUGUACGAACGUAAAAUACUCCGAACCAACUCUCUUCUCUGCGGGAGGUUAGGGAUUCAACUGUACUAACAUUUUCUACAACUAAGGAACAGUGGGAGGAGUAGGUGGCGCAGUGAAGCCGGUGGGGGUACGGUUAUAGAAACGGAACUCUGCACAAUGCAACCCCCUCCGCCGCCGCCCUCCUGGGGAAAGAAAUUAUGGGUUCUUGUACAGCGGUGGUAGAUGUUGUAACAUCACCACUGAUCUGAGGGAAAUGGUUCGAAAACUCGGGGUAAAACAAAGUGAGGAAGCACGAAGGAAGGUUCUACGGCGAAGCUUUCAUUUCAGUGUUUUCACUCGAUAAAAAAAAACAGACGAGUAAUGAAAAAGCAACUCAGGAAAAUAACUCACGUUAGCGUUUACUGAUAUUACUGUGGGAUACCUUGCUGUUGGCUCCCUACCAAUGAUGCCUCGUGCUCGCCUCCUGCCAGCCACUUACUGAGUCUCGUUCGAUCGUUAUGAAAUCGUAAGGCUGAUAAUAGCGCAAUAAAAUAUAUAGCUUGAUAGCUUUUAUUUCACUGGUCUCACUGUGCAAUUUUCACCACACAAACGAAAGUUAUAAGCACGUUUUUUACGUACUCAUAACUCUUUCAGUGACUCAUCUAUUAUCUAAUAUUAUUAUUCAUUCAAAAUAUUUCCCUGAUUCUGAUUGGCUUAAAGCACACGUUUAAUUCACCAUAACCAGUUACUGAUGACCAAAUUUUGAAGAAAUCUGACUUUAACGAGGAAAUGACGUCAAAAAUGCAGCGUUUUCGCACGUUAAGGCACCGUUGACCGCGAAGACCUGGGGACGAGGUUGAGUUGUUUUGGUUGUGAACUUGAAAAAAUGGCGGACAUUUCACUCGUUUCAAGAGUAAGAACUAGGCGAAAAAAUAGCUAAAAACAUGGCAAGAACAGCAAGAAGACAUCUCGAAGGGCGACAUCUGCUGUUUGGAGAAUAUUUGCGGAGCUGGACAAACCUAAACGUACACUAUCGAAGAUGAACAGAACAUCGAUGGAUCGAUGGAGGUAAGCAUGUUUAAGCUAUGUUUUUAAACUAGGUAUACCUAUCGAUAGAGUGUGAACGAGCAAAUCAUGCGUAUUUUGCUUAGGAAUAAAAUUUCUGUUUUGUUCCCAUUUGACCGUUUCUUGGUCCCUUCCUGUUGCAAGGAUUAUUUUCUUGAAAAGUUCUCAGAUUCAGUGGCUUUACAAACCUGCUAUGUAAAAGUGUGAAGUGCCUUGAAAGAAUAAAGUCGGCUUUGCAGAGGAAGCGAUCGGGAAUAUUAUUAAGUCCAGCUACAAAUCUACUGUCGGUUCGGUUUCACAUUGUUGAUAAAUAUUUGCACAGUUAAAUCAUUUAAACCUCCUUUCCAAUUUCCCGAGGCUUUUUGUUAUCGAAUUGAAACUUAGAAUGAUUCGCUGGGCCAUCUGAAAUGUUUCCAAGGACAUGCGAUGUACGGCACGUCGGUAUUUAAUUUUAGUUCGUUAUUUUUAUACUGAACUCGGCCACGUUUCGAAAAAAAUGGCGUUGUUUUCUUUUCCUUUGUCGUUCGCUUUCGGCUUGUAAUUCGUUUUUGUUCUCAUUGUUUUUGUUUGCUGGUUAGAUUUUUUCCCCAACACCAGAUUUUCCAACGAAGCGACUGCAUUCUUCGUGUCAAGCUUUCCUUAAUAAACACAGGAAGUCACGACGGCGGGAAGUGUGUGAAAUUUUGUUUGUUAUUCAACUUGAGCCCGUGCGCCUGGUACUGCCUUUUGAUUGGUUGACAACUGACCACUUGGUCUCAGGGGAAUCUACAUUACAUUAGGUUACACUUUUUUCAUCUCGAUCGAGAAUUUUUCUGCAUAUUGCCCAGUCUUGCGCGGCUCUAUUCUGCUGCCGCCUCGCCAUCCGAGCGUCUUCGCUCGGAUGGCUCGUUGGCAACUAGGGAUUAUUUUGAAUGAAUAAAAAAACAGUUAUUGAGUUCGGCUUUCGUAUCAUAUGAAGAGUUAUGGAGAUCAAGGAGGGUGUUAUCCGCCUCGGCCGACCCUCCUCGAUCUCCAUAAUUGUUCAUAAGAUACUUACCCUCAUUCAUUAACUGUUAAAUAAUUUAUGUAUCAUUCUUGUGGCAGGCGUUCCUUCAGUUUACCACCGGCUGUUCCUCACUGCCACCUGGCGGUCUUGCUAACCUUCAUCCACGCCUGACUGUAGUGCGUAAGGAGAGCGAGGGUGAUGGAUCAUUCCCAUCUGUUAACACCUGCGUACAUUACCUCAAGCUACCUGAGUACUCUUCAGAGGAAGUGAUGCGAGAGAAAUUGCUUGCGGCUACUAAAGAGAAAGGAUUCCAUCUGAAUUAGAACAUCGUGUCUCUUCUUGCUGACAUAACUUUAAAGACUAGUUCAAACAAGAACAACGUUUCACUUAAAGAAUCCAGUCUAGCUGCCUAUAAAAGUAUGAUAGCAAAGUUGAUGUCGAAUCUAAAGUAGAUUGGAUAAAACGUACUGGAGCGAGACUUUAAAACGGUGUGGUUGAAUUCCUCAAAGUUAUAUGUACAUGAAAGCACAAACAGUACAAGCUCAAGAGCGUCGUAGUGUCAACACCGCCAAUACUUGAGUUUUCUGUGUACUCGCAUCAACUUUUCUGUGUUAUCGUUCGUCCCUGUUUAAACUUUGUUGCAAACCUUGAUCUGGUGCAAGGACCUUCCUCAAUCCUUGCUUUUGUCUUUUUUCCGUUGUAAUCUUACAGCUGAAGAGUUGGAAAAACAAAGUUUCGCCGUAGUUUUAAAACAAGAAAGAUAGGCUGUUCAUACAUUUCAUACCCUUGAGCUGUACUGAACAGAGCCACACUUCUAACGCCUUACCGUUGCUUUAUUUUAGUUUGUAAUCCCUCCUCCUUUCGCACUUAUAUUGAUGGACUACGCUGCGUUUAGCGUACCUCUCACAUCUUUCGCUGUCAGGAUGACUGACUUGAGAGGCGACAUAGCUCAAACAAGUUUUCAUUACUCAGAGUUGGAUGCAGAGCGUUACAUUUAGUAAAUGUGUAAACACAGUAAAAUCGCUUGUCUUUUGUUUAAAUGGAACUUAUGGUAGGUAAGGUCUAGUUAGGUUUCAUAUUAAGUCGUAUUAAAUAAUACAAAAUACCAUUAUUACGAG